UCGAGACGAAGGGGGCUCGCUCGCGCAGCUCGCCUAGCUUCAACGUCCCGCGCGAAACCGACUCACCAGAGCGCACGAGACGACAAGCGGCGAUCGCAUCACGCACCGGGGCGUGAAGUUUAAAGACUCAGAAGGUGGGGAACAGAAAGAAAGAAAGAAAGAAAAGCGGAAGUAAUCGUCGGUUUGUAGAAGGGCGACGGAACGUGUAGACGUGUGGAAAGGCGCGAGCGCACGGUGAGAGAUAGAGAGAGAGAGGAGGGGGGGGUGUAUAUUUUUUCGCCUGGAGGAACAUGUAGAGUGCUGGAUUGUGGAAUGUGGAGGUAGCUACCAAACACAAACACAGACGCACAGGAGGGACACACGUGUGAGUUUCCUGCUUACUGUUUUUCUGGUGCGUUUGGAGCUGAUGUGGGUGUGAUUGAUCACCGGCUGCCCGUCAACGACGGGUUUCUCCAUCAAGCCCCUGACCCACACACACACACACACACACACACACACACACACACACACUGACACCAUGACAGACAUGAACUUCACCUCGAUUCUGUAUCCGAGUGAGAACCAAGCGCUGAAUCACACACCUGGCUGCUCGCUGACCAAAACCGCCUUUCAGUUCUACUACCUGCCCACGGUCUACAUCAUCGUCUUCAUCACCGGCCUCAUCGGGAACAGCCUGGCCAUAUGGAUGUUCGUGUGCCACAUGCGACCGUGGAGCAGCAUUUCGGUUUACAUGUUCAACCUGGCGCUGGCUGACUUCUGCUACGUGCUCUCGCUUCCCUUCCUCAUAUUCUACUACUUCAACAAAACCGACUGGAUCUUCGGCGACGUCCUGUGCCGCCUGCAGCGCUUCAUCUUCCACGUCAACCUCUACGGGAGCAUCCUGUUUCUCAUGUGCAUCAGCGUGCACCGCUACUCCGGCGUCGUCCACCCGCUCAAGUCGCUCGGAAGGCUGAAGAAGAAAAGCGCCGUGCGCACCAGCGCCUUGGUUUGGUUCAUCGUGAUAGCCGGGAUCUCGCCGAUCCUUUACUACUCGCGUACGGGACCUAAACGGAACGUCACGACGUGCUACGACACGACCACCGAGGACGAGCUUCCGGGGUACUUCGUCUACAGCAUGUGCAUGACCGUGUUCGGGUUCUGCAUACCCUUCGUGGUCAUCCUCGGCUGCUACGGCUUCAUCGUCAAAGCGCUCAUUUACAACGACAUGGACAAUGCGCCGCUCAGGAAGAAGUCCAUCCAUCUGGUCAUCAUCGUGCUCGCCGUCUUCGCUGUGUCCUACCUGCCCUUCCACGUCAUGAAGAACCUCAACAUGAGGGCCCGGCUUUACUUCCAGAGCCCUGAGAUGUGCGAGUUUAACAACAGGGUCUACGCUACCUACCAGGUCACCCGGGGUUUGGCCAGCCUCAACAGCUGCGUGGAUCCCAUUCUCUACUUUUUAGCCGGGGACACGUUUCGACGACGGCUCUCCAGAGCCACUAAGAAAAAUUCCAGGAAGGGAGACGUCGUGCUUCAAUCCAAGAGCGAGGAAACGGCCCUCAACAGCCUGCCGGAGUACGCCGAGAACGGAAGCAGGUCGCUCUGAGGAUUCGGGGAAUGAAUUCCAGAACUUUUUCACGAUGCACUGACUUGGACUCAUUUUCUAAGAAAUGCACUGAUCAUAUCAUGCCAUGAUAUGAUGUUAAUCUGAGACUUGAACUGCGAACGCAUAAAUGUUAAAUAUCAAGCCCUGAGCCAGUGACUGGACAUUCCUUAUGUGUUGUAACGUGUACUGUAUAUAAUAGUCAGUAAUUACUCUCCACGUGAAUACACCUUCAUUGUACUGUAUUGUAUUUGUCAGUAUUACAUGAGCUGCACCAUUGCAGGAUACAGCGACAGCUUCACUUUAACCAACAGUGGAGUAACGAUUCAUUUCUAAAAAAAAAAAAAAAAAAAAGACAAAACGUCCAGUUAAUGCUAAAUAACAAAUCCACAGUUCGGACGAGAAUAGAGAGCAGCGCUCGGUAUUAUCCCAGUGUAACGCGAUUAAAAGAAGUAACACGAUCCGAGACUGUCGAUAUCUCGUCUGAAUCUUAAAUAAGCUUGGAGAAGACGCGUCGUCCACGCUGAGCUCGUUUAAAAAGUCCGGGACGUGAUAAAUCGAGGGUUCGCUACACGUUGCGAUUUUUUUUUCUUUUCUUCCUGCUGUCUCCUGGUCUCCUGUGGAUGCUCUGUUCUGUCUCGGUGAUAAAUAAGGCUGCGUUGUAGUUCUUGAACCGUGUUUUAAACUCCGCCGUCAGUCCUGGGUGAGAUCUCGUCUACGUGUGCGGUGCUCUGUUACAGAAAAGUCGUCGUGCAUACGCUUUUAACCCUCUGACCCUUGAAGAAAGUUUCAGGAACACGCUCAGUACAGUACAGAACCUGCUGUAUGUUGAUAUGAAUAUGAAAACAACAACAAGACUCACCAUGUAGAGCUAGCACUGGUGUUUUAUUAUUAUUAUUAUUAUUAUUAUUAUUAUUAUUAUUAAUUUAUUUUGGCCGGGUUCCAGCAGACAUUAUCGUUGACAAGAUCUUUACACACCUCACAUCUGCGAUAAAACUAUGUGACCAUGUGAUUUCCACAGAAUGUUUCACUACCAGCUACAAGGUUGGUCUUCCUGUAAGAACCUGGAAUUAAGCCGAACGUGACCUAAAUCUUGUUUUUAUUAACCAUCGAAUCGUUCCGUAUAUCAUGUCCACAAAGGGAACUUAUUCCAGAUGCUAUGAAUAUGCAAAUCGGAAACGCCCCCAACCAGACCAAGAAGGGCACUUAUUCCAGAUGCUAUGAAUACGCAAACUGGAAACGCCCCCAAACCAGACCGAGAUCAGAAUCAAUUUAUUCACCAAAUGUCUAAGUGCACAGGAACUUGUCAGAUCAGUACAAGAUCUACAAAAAAAAGUCCAGGCCUACAAAAGCGCAUGAAUGAAAUACAGUACAGUAUAUGAAAAAACAAACAAACAAAACGAUAAACACAACAACAUAAUACAAAGAUCACAUUCAACGCUGUCGAGUGAAGGGAAGCUCCGUUCUGCUCUGCUCAGUUCUCCUUCCCUAGCAAAUCAGUGUUACGAGUUUUAGAAACUGUCCUGUAAUUUGCAUGGCCCUCAUUUGCAUAUUAAGACCUGAUAGGCUGUUAUAUUUUAUGAUGUAAUAACAUUUGCCGUGAUGUAUUCAGUAGUAACUCCAGCAAGGUUGUUUGUUUGUUUGUUUGUUUGUUUGUUUUCCCAGUAAAACUGCUGCUGCCACGA